AAAACCUUCAGAUCUGAAGGCACGAAAGCUUAAGUUCAAACAAUAGAGCCGCUGCCACGGGGAGGCGCCAAAAAAGUGCAACAGCUGCACAAAAACUGGAAACGAAACGAACUGAAACAAAAGCCCAAAAGUCAAAGUAAACCCAGACAGACAGAGAGGUACAGAGGGCGAGCCAGUGCGAGGGAGACAGAGAGAGAGAGAGAGAAAGAGUGAACGUGAGAGAGACAGAGUGGGGCAGUGUUGGAAGAAUGUGUAGUGCAGAGUCCACACGGCAGCUUCAAGUGGCAACAACAAAAACGGCAGCAACAACAAACACAACCGGAUAAUAAGCAUAAGGGGCAACAACAGCAGCAGCAACACCAACAAAAGCUGCAACGAGUGCGUCAAGUAUUUGCGGUAGGUUGCAGCGGGGGAAGCGCUGGCGGAGCGCAGGCCUGUGCCAGCAAACAGCACCAUAAAAUCCAAAGCCCAAAACUUAAUCCUCAAACCUAAUCCAAAAACCAAACGGAAACAGCAGCAACAGCAACUGCAGCCAGACCGACGUAUUGCGGUGGCAAGUGGCAACAAGGUGACGUCACAGGCCGCUAACUAGGACACUCGCAAAUCUCGUUAGCCGCACUUGCAUCCUUUGCACCCUUCGCAUCCGCUUCCGCAUCGACAUCCGCGACAUGGUCUCUCGGCUGCGUCUCCAUUCGCUGGCCGUCGCGCUCUUCGUGCUGUCGCUGCAAUUGUCCAGCGUCUGCGGCAUCAUCGAUCGUUUGGUGGUGCAGACCAGUUCCGGGCCGGUGCGUGGCCGUUCGGUGACGGUGCAGGGACGUGAAGUGCAUGUCUAUACGGGCAUACCUUAUGCCAAGCCGCCAUUGGAUGAUUUGCGCUUUCGCAAGCCGGUGCCGGCCGAGCCCUGGCACGGCGUUUUGGAUGCCACACGCCUCUCGGCCACCUGCGUGCAGGAACGCUAUGAAUACUUUCCGGGCUUCUCCGGUGAGGAGAUCUGGAAUCCCAAUACCAAUGUAUCCGAGGACUGUCUGUAUAUAAAUGUUUGGGCGCCGGCAAAGGCGCGUCUGCGUCAUGGACGCGGUGCCAAUGGAGCCGAGCAUUCUGGCAACAAGCAAGCCGACACGGAGCAUCUCAUACACAAUGGCAAUCCGCAGAACACGACUAACGGACUGCCCAUCCUCAUAUGGAUCUAUGGUGGGGGCUUCAUGACCGGCUCGGCCACCCUGGAUAUUUACAAUGCGGAUAUUAUGUCUGCCGUGGGCAAUGUGAUCGUUGCCUCGUUCCAGUAUCGCGUGGGCGCAUUUGGUUUUCUGCAUUUGGCGCCAGAGAUGCCGGCAGAGUUUGCGGAGGAGGCGCCCGGCAAUGUGGGACUGUGGGAUCAGGCCUUGGCCAUACGCUGGAUAAAGGAUAAUGCCCAUGCCUUUGGCGGGAAUCCCGAGUGGAUGACAUUGUUUGGCGAGUCCGCAGGCUCGAGUUCGGUGAAUGCACAGCUCAUGUCGCCGGUCACUAAAGGCGUGGUCAAGCGCGGCAUGAUGCAGUCGGGCACCAUGAAUGCGCCCUGGAGUCACAUGACAUCCGCCAAGGCGCUGGAGAUUGGCAAAUCUCUGAUCAAUGACUGCAACUGCAAUGCCUCCAUGCUGAAGACCAAUCCGGCUCAUGUGAUGAGCUGCAUGCGCGCUGUGGACGCCAAGACCAUUUCGGUGCAGCAAUGGAACUCCUACUCGGGCAUACUCAGCUUCCCAUCGGCGCCGACCAUUGAUGGCGCCUUCUUGCCCGAAGAUCCGAUGACAUUGAUGAAGACGGCGGAUCUAAAGGAUUAUGAUAUUCUCAUGGGCAAUGUCAGAGAUGAGGGCACCUAUUUCUUGCUGUACGAUUUCAUCGAUUACUUUGAUAAGGAUGAUGCCACCGCGCUGCCACGUGACAAGUAUCUGGAGAUUAUGAAUAAUAUAUUUGGCAAGGCAACGCAAGCGGAACGCGAGGCCAUCAUAUUUCAGUACACCAGCUGGGAGGGCAAUCCAGGCUAUCAGAAUCAGCAGCAAAUUGGACGCGCUGUGGGGGAUCACUAUUUCACCUGCCCCACCAAUGAGUAUGCACAGGCGCUGGCCGAGCGAGGCGCCUCCGUGCAUUACUAUUACUUUACACACCGCACCAGCACAUCGCUGUGGGGCGAGUGGAUGGGCGUGCUGCACGGCGAUGAGAUUGAGUAUUUCUUUGGGCAGCCGCUAAACACAUCUCUGCAAUAUCGACCUGUGGAGCGGGAGCUGGGCAAGCGUAUGCUCAAUUCGGUUAUUGAGUUUGCCAAGACGGGCAAUCCGGCACAAGAUGGCGAGGAAUGGCCCAACUUUUCGAAGGAGGAUCCUGUGUAUUAUAUUUUCAGCACAGACGAUAAAAUUGAGAAACUGGCACGUGGCCCACUCGCCGCGCGCUGCUCCUUCUGGAACGAUUAUUUGCCUAAAGUCAGGAGUUGGGCAGGCUCGGACUGUGAUUCGGGUAGUGCUUCCAUGUCGCCCCGAAUGCAGCUGCUGGGACUCGGACUGGUGCUCUACAUUUGUGCCGUGCUACGGAUUAAGGGAGUUUUCUAAAAGAAAAUUUUUGACAGUGUAAUCACAGCACAUCGAUAAGUCCACAGCAUCCACACACACAGACACACGCACACCCACACACCCAACACCCGAACACCCUCUAAGCAAAGUAAACAUAAAACGUAUAUAAUAUGAAAGUGAAAUUGUCAUACAAGUAUGUAAAGAGAUAGGAGAUUAAAAAGCAAAUAGAAAGAGAGAGAGAGAGAGAGAGAGCUAGCGAGAGAGGGAGAGAGAGGAGAUAAUUGGAGUUUUCGAAUUUGAGCCAUGCUUUUGUAUACUUGGCCAAACACAACUGAACAUUUGUAAAUGAAUUUAGUGUUGCAUGCAACUGCAACGUGCAGCAGCAAGUGACAUUUGUUGUAGUUGUUAGUUUUAACCACUUGCCAGGAGCAAGCAGGACUAAACUUUUGCACGCGGCUUGCCCCACACAUAUCAAAACCAAAAGAGAGAGAACGGGUGGGAGCGAGCGAUUGGCAGAGACUUUUGCCGAUCUCUCUCGCUCCCAACUCGACUCUCCAGCCGAUAUCCAGAGAGUACCACAUAGCUACACACACGCAAAUACACACACCCGAACACACUUUUGUAGCACGCCGCAAAUUGCUUUGUAAGAAAAUGAAAAUUGGCAAAAACCCAGGCCCAAUAAAUUAACUGAUUCUAAUGAGAAUUCAAUCAAGCGAAAACAAAGAUUUUGAUAAAUAGAAUGUUUGUCAUAUGCCAGCCAGCAGGGCAUAACACAAACAAACAAAGAAAUAAACACACUCGCUUAGAGAACGCGUAUUUUGCCAGCUGGCAUGGGUCCAAGUCUGUGCCCAGGCCGUAAUCCCAAAAAUUUUUGGAAAGUCGAGUAUGCUAUAGAGUUUUUUCGAUUUUUUGAUAGCCCCCGACCCCUCACAAUGAAACUGGUUUCAGAUUUGUGUUGGGAAUGGUUCAAUAUUUGGCAUAUACAAUGUUUUUUCUCUCUCGGUAUUUUAUUGUUUCUCACUUUGGGCACACCAAAAAUGUUCUUAUGACAACAAAAAUUUGGAAAAAACCGCAACAAAAUUGAAAAAAUUAGUAAAAUUGUAUUAUUCAAACGAUGUGAGAGUUUUAACGAGAAAUUGCAAUUUUUUUGUAAUAAGCAGCCCAAGAAAAAGAGUUGCAAGAUCGGUCAAAAAAAUGAAUAUAAAUUGAAAUAAAGUUUGUAGGAAACCUAUUGAAACAUUUAAAUGGCAAAACAUAUCAGUAUAUAUUAUAUAAACAAAUAUAUAUAC